CUUCAGAGUAGGAUCGGGAGAAAUGUAAUAGCCUUCUUUCUUAGCACGACARAACAGCUGUUUUCCAUGUUUCGUUUCGGUUUUGUUGGAUCUCUGGUUUUCUCCAUCCGUUUUAACUGAACASUGCAACAUCUGUUGAGAACUUUAUUUUGGAUAGAAUUCGGUCGAAUUCGGUCUCUCUUGACAGAGAUCACACCACAAUGUACAAAUGCUGGGGAGUCUUCGUCUUGUACUAUUUUSUUUCAUUCGUGGCUACACGGCCUGAAACAGAGCUCCCAUCACCAAGAAAUGUGACUUUCUCUUGGACGAACGAGWUCUGCUGGGAGCUUUCAUGGAGUCUACCGGAGAAUGUUGAUAGUCAGAGAUGUAAAUACCAUAUAACACAGGUGAGCCACCUGGCCAGAAUACAAAAGAACAWAAMCAWKRYCAGGAAGGAAACCCGGUUAGAGGAGUGUUAUCCUCUCAUGGGAGGUGUGCGUUUCYUCAUACAAACUCAGUGUGAUCACAGUAAACGGAUGAGUCAAACUGUAGUUCACACCAUCCCKGCCCCCACAGAGUUGGUGAAGAACUUCAAAUGUUUUCUCUACUCCUCUAAUGCCAUGAACUGCAGCUGGCUCCUAGCCAAUCAGGUCCCAGAAGACCUCCAGCUUUACUAYGGGUUCAAAAAUAUGAGUAAGGUAUCAGAAUGCAAUGAGUACCUGUACAACGGCAAUCAGAGGACAGGAUGUCAUCUGAGAGGAGACUUCCACAUACGGAUCUUCUUCCAGGUCAAUGGGACUCUCAACGGUUCAUCGGUACGGAAUACCUUCGAGCUGAAUCCUGAGGAGCAUGUGCAGCCCAUACCUCUUGAAUUGAAGAUCACAGAGGAAGGGAGCAAUCUCAAUAUUAGCUGGAUUUCCCCAGAAAUAAGACAUCCACRCUGUUGGAAGUACAUCAUCAACUAUACCAGAUGUAAAACACCUGAGAGUAAGUCCUUAGAAGAGAAGACUUGGAUCAUGGUGAACUAUGACCCUCACUGUCAGUACCGUGUUCGCAUUAAACCCAUCUUUUUACAUGGGUGUGGUAUUGGAGAGGGUGACUGGACUGAGGAGGAAAUAUAUGGUAAAGAUGGGAAUCGGGAUUGGCACCUGCAUGUUGCAGCCAUCUUCAUUUCAGUCAUGGCGGUUAUAGUUUCCAUCCUGGUUUGUUUYUGUAUAAGGAAAUACAAGGACAAGAUCCUCCCCAAAGUUCCCAAGCCAACCAACCUCAUCAGUGAUAUGUUCAACAACAACAAUGAGAUGAGCGUUAAUGAGAACCUCUACAUCCCAGCACAAGAGGAAGUAGACUGUAAGAUCACCCUAGUACAAGACCCUCUUCCUCAGCAGUCGUGAGAAACAACAUGAAUAUACAGUGAACCUGUGGACAAGCUGGUAGUGGCCCAGCAGACUGGGAGGACCUCAGUGUUUUAAUCUUGUGUGGUGGUGGCUUUUUGACUCAACAUGAGAUACUUUGAGAAUUAACACCGGUAACCGGGAUCCCGGGACUGUCCCAGGACCACUCUUCACAUUUCCUGAAAAAAUAAAAUGACARGACCCGAGAAAUUACAACAUUWCCCACCAAUGUUGCACUAAUGCAAUUCCACAAAAUACACAUGCGCAGCAGUAAAUUAGCUAAAAAUAAAAUAGCACAUUAUCCAAACAGGUAAGCCUUUACCUUAGCUUAUUUACUUCACACAAAGUCUCAUUUAAAUUCAAAGCACACACAUCACUUGACACUGCUUGACUGCACACGAGAACCGAAUGCAGUAGAGUUAUCUUCAGAACUGAAAAUUCAUCCC